AUGUCUCUGACACUUUCCUCAGCAUCCGAAAGCAAACCCACCACCGACCAACAAAUGACGGAAGCCCCCGACUCUCCCCCAGACAAUAACACCGCACACGUCGAGCGCACCAACUUCAAUCACACCUCAUCUGCCUCUCAGGCUAGCGGUAAUAGUAGCAGCAAUUCCGCAAAGGGCGAGACGAAAGCCAAUUUCGGCACACCUGGUUCGAGCUACACGUCCAAGAAGUUCCAGGAGGAGUACGAUAGAAUGGAGAGCUUGCUGCUGGACCGAAAUUGGGAGAAUCUAUAUGGAGAUGUGGUGUACCGGGGUAAUCAGUAG